GCUACCACCCAAACUCGUGCCCCUGCGCCUCGGGUAGAAGCAUACGACCAUCCCACAACCACGCCGGAUAUGAGGUGGUAAAAGAAAUAUUUAAGAGUGGUGAAGCCUGAAGGGGGGAGAUCCAGUCCUUCCAGUCCCUCCCGAUCCCACCGGCGAGACUUGGCAGGCCAAAGGCCGUGCGCAAAAUCGUCAAUCGACAAGCAAAACCCGCACCGUUGCCGCGAAUAACGCACCCAGAGACAUUGCAGAGAUGCGAGUGAGAAUGCGAGCGGCCAAGCAAAGAAGAGAGACACUUGCAGAUGGUAAAAUGCAAAGUGCCACGGGAGAAACUGGGAAGGACCAAUGUCUCGGCUACCUGCAGCUAUUGUAUCCUUCUUGCGCCGCCCCCCCCCCCCUCUCUCUCUCUCUCUCCGGUCAUCGCCUUCAAUAUCAACCGCCGUUGCCCGCCCCCCCGUCCAAAGUCUGUGUGGUGUUUAGAACAUCCUUUUCUUCCUCGGGUUGAUCAUCAUAUCUUUUCUCACUCCAGUCCGUCCGUCCGUUCCCGUCGGCGGGAGGCCCCCCUUUUUUCCCUUCUCCACAAUCUCACCGGUUUACCGGGAUUUCACCCACACCUGGUCGUACUGGUCCUACUAACAAGAUCCGUCCCGUGUUUUGUUUUCAUUUCCAACCUCCCCUCCCCUUACCCCUUGCCCAUCCCGCCGCAUCCAUGUGCGAUGGGAGGCAAAAUUGUGUUUAGUGAGCAUCGCUCGUCGGUGGUGUUGGAGAGUGGACACACCCAGAUUCGAGCAACAGUCAACUGGCCCGGGAAACAUGCUUCGGCUUGACACCACUCAUCUAGACCACAGUACCAUCAUACUUAAGCCUCACACUACAUCGAGAUGGGGCGACGGAGGAGGGAGUCAGGUAGAGAAAAAAAAAGAAGAGGAACGAGAAAGGAGAA